UGUGGAAAAAAGGUGCGAUUGAGCGGCUUCACUGGAGGAAUCCGGAUAUGAUGAAAACAUUAGACGUAAAAAAAAACCAAGAGAAAGGGAAAGAAAAAAGAAAUCCCGCCAGUGUGCGUCGAAGGCACACUGAGGACUAAUAUUAAUUAUUUACGCAACAUUUUUGACACAAACGCAGGGGUGUGACGCAGCUGAAGUCGGCACAAACUUUUUGGCUCAUCGUUCUUCUUCGGUGGUUUUUUUUUUUCCCCCUCCCGCAGAGACUUCUGGAAGGAGCGGAGGAAAAGGAAGCAAAGAUGGGAAUAAAUGCGUUCUAAAGAGAAGGAGUUGUCAUGUUUGAAAGUGUUCGCGGCGAGACGCUGAUUUUUCACAGCGCUGAAGGUUGAAAGGAGAGAAGAACUUAAUUCUGUCGUGUGUGAACCCCCUAAAAGACGAGUGUCUGAUGUCCAGAGAGACCGUCCUGCCGGCGGAUGGUCCUGCGGGGCCGGAGGAGGGCCCUCAGCCGGAGACAAGUCCCCUGCUGUCAGCCUCACACGAUGCUUUGGUCAGUGAAUCAUCAGGAAGAACAUCUGCUCGGAGGAGGCCGUCCACUGAAGGACAAAGUCACGUGUCUGAGGAGAAGCCCGGGUAUUGUGAGCCUGUAAGAACUCAGCCUCAGACUGAGUCAUCGUCCUCAGAGCCCACCGAAGGAAAUGCUGGCAAAAACCAAAAUGGUUUCCACCACAGCAGCACUCGCACAGCCACGCGGAGUAGUGGCAGCAGAGUCCGUCCUGGUGUCAGUGAGGGAGGGCCCACACGCACGUGCUCGUGUGGCGCCACCAUCACCACGGGAGCCACUGGUGGCCCAGGCUCUGGUACAAGAGUGGCGUCAGCCGCCAUGACGACGGAGCAGCCCAGAAAGCAGUCGGCCACGCCUGUGUCGCAGAGGAUGCAUACGAAGUUGAGGUCCAGUUUGUCUGUGAACAGUGACAGCAGUCGACGCAGCAAAAGCAGUUCCACAGGCUCCCAGAAACCCCCGUUACCAGAAGACUGCUGUGUCCAUUGCAUCUUGGCUUGCCUGUUCUGCGAGUUCCUGACACUCUGCAACAUGGUGGUCGCCCACGCUUCAUGUGGCACGUGCACGUCGGAGGCUUGCUGCUGCUGCUGCUGCACCGAAGAGAUGGGCGACGACUGCAGCUGCCCCUGCGACAUGGACUGCGGCAUCAUGGAUGCCUGCUGCGAAUCGUCAGAUUGCCUGGAAAUCUGUAUGGAGUGCUGCGGAAUCUGCUUCCCCACAUAAGGUGUCCCGUGCAGGAGUGUUUAGGGGGGAAAAACUGAACCUGGGAUUGAAGGAAGCAGCUGCUGAUACAGACCGGCAGGUGGGGGGGGCGGUUAGCAUGUGCGUGCGUGUUUGUCUGCCUGUUAUUCGUCGUGAUUUGAUGUGUGUAUGAAUGCAUGGAGUAAUGGAUGAAUUUAAAGAUGCAUAUUUUCACACUGGGCUUCUACGUCAAAACGAGACCAGCAGGGGCUUGAAGUAACUCCUCCAAAAUUGUUACAUAACUUGUCAGUUAAAUCCCCAAGUAUGUUCAGUAUUUUAUCUUGACAUCAGAAGUAUUAUCACCGUCCUUUUUUCUUACUAGACAUCAGGAAUGCUCUCGGGCUUAUCUGGCCUUUGUCGUUUCCUUAUGCACAUGCUUAAUGAAAAGAUUUACACUUAGAGUUGCAAUCGUCAUGACAGUUGUUUGUUUUUUAUGCUCGUCUUAGUACCGUACAACACUGUAAAAGGUUUUCUGUGACAGCUGACAAGUCACCUACUGUAGCACUGUAGAUUAGCUGGAAAAUGGUGAAAAUCGCUGGUCAAAUUGCAUCCGAAGAAUAAAACCGUGUCGGGGACCAAAUAUUCUUGUAAUUAUAUUUGAAGAGGUGGUUCUGAAAUAGAUUUUAUUAUUAUUAUUGUUGUUGUUGUAAGGAAAAAGCUGCACAAAAUUGCUGGUAAACUCUUAGUAGAUUGCCAAACCAUACUAGUUAGGUUGGAAUGUCUGAUGUUGGUUCCCAACCUUCCAUCACUAGAAACUGAAUUUCAGGCCUCGUUUCUUCAACAAAUGUUUACAUUUUUAAGUUUUUGUGAAAAAUAAUUAAUAUGCUAGUUAAAAACAAACAAAAAAAAUGUUUAAGCAAAUCUUGCCUUAUUCUUUGCAACUUUACAAGUUACAAAAAAUGGAAGUGACACUUCUCCUUAAAACACAGUUUUUAGGCCUAAAAAAGAAAGGGUGUGUGGGUGGGGGUGCUUUCACAAUAUUGACAGGGUCAAGCCGGCCUUCAUCCAGUUUUGGUUUUGACUUGAGUUUUACUCAAACAUUCCAUUUUUCUCUCUGAAAAGAAAAUAGUCAUGAUUGUAUUCUGGUUCCCCCAAGGGGUGGGUGGUCCAUCAUUGUUGUAGUCAUCACCAGUUUGACGGUGUGCCACAAUGUGGAUUGCACAAUGCUAUCAAGGCGGUAAGAAAUCAGUCCAGGAAAAAAUGUAACAAUAUUCCCUAAUAUCCAUUAAUUUUGACAUCAGUAAUCAUUUUGGAGCAUCCCCAGAUCGGAUCAGCCCUACAGUGCUGAGGCUGUGAUGAUCACAGCUCCGUUCUUCAUUCUCCUGUACCAUUGUGCGUCACACCAUACUCAAAACACCUCUUCAAUACUUUUCUCAUGUCACUGCCUAUAAAGUUGUUUUCAUGCAAAGACAUAAGUUAACUGUCAGGAAAAUACUUUUAAACUGUGAUUCUGUUGUGUGGACCUUUUGUAUUUCACGCCCCUUUAAGUUCGAACAAUUGUUAAUUAAACACAGGGAUUUGAUCACAACUGUAAAAAUCCUUGAAGUAGCAGAUUUGAAAAUGAAAAAAGUCCAGGUUAAGCUCUUAAAGCUAGUAUCUCACUGGUGCGCGACUGUUGGCAACAAAUUGUGAACGGUAUUCGCGAGGUAUUUUCCAAAAUGUCUUAACAUUUGCGGGGGUUCUUAAUUUUCUUGCGUGAGUUGCAAGGCCUAAUGUU